AUAUACCACCCAAGCAGUUUUUGCCAACAACACUUACUUGCAUUCUAAAAUAGGUUUCUUGCAUACCACAGCUAGCUGAAUCCAUGGGGCUGUUGCUGCUCUUCUUGGCGUUCCUCUUGCCAGCGGCGUGCGCGGCAACGUCGAGUUGCCACCCCGAUGACCUCCGUGCCCUGCGGGGCUUUGCCAAGAACCUUGGCGGCGGAGGCGUCCUCCUCCGCACCGCGUGGUCCGGCACCUCGUGCUGCGUCUGGGAAGGUGUUGGCUGCAAUGGCGCGAGCGGCCGCGUCACCACGUUGUGGCUCCCUAGGCAUGGCCUUGCGGGGACCAUCACAGGAGCAUCCUUGGCCGGCCUCGCGCGGCUGGAGUCACUCAACCUUGCCAACAACAGACUGGUCGGCACCAUCCCAUCGUGGAUUGGUGAGCUUGACCACCUUCUCUACUUGGAUCUCUCACAUAAUUCAUUGGUUGGCGAGCUGCCCAACCUCAAGGGCCUCACCACCACAGGUCAUUUACUAGGUAUGGCUUUCACUAGCAUGCCAUUGGAUGUGAAGCCUAACAGAAGAACUCUCGCCGUACAACCAAAUACAAUAUCUGGGACCAACAACUCGGUCUUAUCUGGGCGAAACAAUACUGUGUCUGGGAAUGACAACACUGUCAUAUCGGGGAACAACAAUACUGUGUCUGGGAGCUUCAACACCGUCGUAACGGGAAGUGACAAUGUCUUAACUGGGAGCAACCAUGUCGUAUCCGGGAGAAACCAUAUUGUAACUGACAACAACAAUGCUGUAUCUGGGGACGACAAUAAUGUGUCCGGGAGCUUCCAUAAAGUAUCUGGAAGUCACAAUACGGUAUCUGGGAGCAACAAUACCGUAUCCGGGAGAAACCAUGUCGUAUCUGGGAGCAACAAAGUCGUGACAGGAGGUUAAUGAUAUGUUAGUGGAUUGUUUCCAUCUUCCCUAAGGGAUCUCACGUACUUGACAAAGUUCAGUGUAGCACUCAAUCACUUGGUGGGGACAAUCGGGUUAUGUAACGUCAUGGAUAUAGCAUACGUACUUUUCCUACUUUAAAUAAGAACUUUCCUAUAAUAUCUUACAGACCUGAGUAUCAACAGUGGCUUGGAGCUAAUGUAGACCAAUCAUAUUUGCUUAUGUACAAAUUCGAAUCGUGGAUGUUGACAUGUGUGGCCGCAGCUUUCUCA